AUGGUAACAAUUUCAGCAGCACUCAACAUGCCUGUGGUUUUCUGUAGCAGGACCUUGUUUAUUGGUGGAUCUUUUGGAAUUAUAACUGUGGCUCUUUGGGGUGCUUGCAUUUGGCAGAUAUUACUGAGGUUUAAGCCAGACUCGUCCGUUACUCCCACUUCCCCCUCUCCUUUUCCUUCUCCCACCCCGACUCCAAUCCCCUGCACCUGUUUGAACAAUGGAACAUGCCAGAAUGGGGAAUGCAUUUGUCCAAACGAAUGGCAAGGAGAUCAGUGCCAGACUGCGUACUUCUGUGAGAGCAGCACGGACAACUCCACUGAAGUACUCAGCUUCAACAGGAUCCUCAUUGGCUUUUCCGGCUACUCCAAUGAGAGGUGUGAGCCACAAACUGCCAAUGCCGGUGUUCCCAAGGCAACCCGGAGCUGUUCAGAAAAUGUGUCUGGAGUCCCUGUUCUGAGUUUACCACAUAUUGUGAACUGCAAUGACAACCUGGAAAAUCUUGCACAGCAGGUCAAUGAAAAAGUGACAGCAGAAAGGCUACUGGAGAUUGCAAAGGAGUCUCAGAUUCUGACUUCACAGCCAGAGAAACUGACAGCUCAUAACAUCACCAGCGCUGCUGAGAUAGUUAGCCAGAUCCUCAAUACAACAAUCAAUGACACUGAGCAAGCCGCAGCUGCAGCAGUUACUACUAUCAGUCAACUACUGGAUGCGAGUGAUGUUGAGUUCAGCAAGGUCAUCAACAUAACCUACGUUACACAAAGUCUGACAGAGAGCCUGGAGGCAUUCUCCCGGGACAAAGGCACUAAUGAUACGAAGGUGGUUCAGCCAAACCUGGCAGUGCUGUCUGCCACUGUGGAUUCUGCAUCGACUAAAGGAGUUCAGUUCACCGCUGUCAGAGGCACUGACAACACCUUGAUCUCCAGACUCAUAACCCUAAACCUCACUUCGUCCCAGCUGACAGUCAACAAAGAUGCAGAAGUUCAGAUUUUCAUCGACGUCUCUUCAGAUAACAUGAAGAAGGAUAUAUGGAUUAGCAAGAAGAAAACAUUUGACUGUUUUCUUUCUUUUGCAGGUACAAAGGAGACUGGCCAGUUUGGUUUUGUGCUUUACCAAAACGACAAGUUCUUUAAGUCCAAGAUAUAUCGUAGCACCAUGAGCAUCAGCAGGAGGGUAAUCUCUGGGAGUGUUGCCAAUGGAGGGCCGAACAAUGUCGAUCUUCUUUUCAAUCCAAGGGACUUAAAUGGUGUUAUCCUGUAUGACUAUGCCUGCGUGUUCUGGGACUACAACAAAGAUGACUGGAGUACAGAAAACUGCUCAAAGAGGACAGAUGAGGAUGCGAAUCUGAGAUGUCACUGCAAUCAUACCACAAAUUUUGCUGUGUUAAUGACCUUCAAGAACAAUUAUACUUAUUCUGAACCCCUGAACUGGAUAACAUAUAUGGGAUGUGGACUCUCAGGUGCAGGGCUCUGUGUUACUAUUUUAUAUCAUGUGUUGACCAGGAAGUCUCGUAAGACAAAAUCCACAAUGCCUCUGGUUAGCAUAUGCUCGUGCAUGUUGAUUGUCAACAUUCUCUUUAUCACUGGGAUUGGCAACCCCAACGCCAAUGAAGUGUCCAGGAGAUCUAAUAGUAGCGUGAACACCUUGCUGUCCUCAGACCUGCACCCUCUGCCUGACAAGGGCAGUUGCACAGCUGUUACUGCCCUGCUGCACUACUUUCUGCUGGGAACCUUUGCCUGGACGUCGCUGUAUGCUGUCCAGAUGUACAUGAGUCUUGUCAAUGUGUUUUCUCAGCCCCCCCAACACUUCUCAAUGAUUAUAAUAGGAAUUGGCUGGGGUCUUCCUGCAGUGGUGGUAGCUAUAACAUUGGGAGCCACUUAUCGGAUUAACAACCCAUUAAACUAUCGGCAAGAGGAGUUCUGCUGGUUGGCAGCACUGGAUAGAGAGGGGAAUUUUGACAUCACAAAGCCAAUGCUGUGGGGCUUCCUGCUUCCUGUGGCCAUAAUUCUCAUAUUUAACAGUGUUGUCUUUGUGAGCGUGAUGACCUGUGCUUUGUUCAAGAAGACUGCUUUAACUAGCACUAAACGGCAAUCAUACCUGAAGAAGCUGAUAAGCAGCAUAUCUGUGGCAGUGGUGCUGGGGAUAACCUGGGUCCUGGGCUAUCUGAUGCUAAUUGACCAUGAUAACACACGACUCGUCUUCAGUUACGUAUUCUGCAUUAUAAACACCACUCAGGGGCUUCAGAUUUUCAUUUUCUUCACAGCUCGAGAUUCAGUCUUCCAAAGGAAGAUGACAGCCAUCGUUAGCUCAAUCUCGCCACUUGAAUUUCACCUGCAUUCAAAGAAAUUUGUGAUAAAAAGGAAACAGCAGGAUCAUGUCAGUGAAAGCUACAAGCAGCUUGAGGGCCUUUCCUCUACCACUUCCACAGGUUAGCCUUCCUCAGGCUCUAAAAACAUACAGCGGGGGCCAUGCAUUGUCAUGUCACUCAACUGCUACUGUUUGGUGUGUGUGGUAUCUAAACCUUCAAAAAGAGCUUAUUUUAUUCAGUUGUUUGCCCUGAGACUUUUUGAACAACUUAAAAGGUAGAUGAUGUCUUUAUAAUCAACACUCUCCCUGAUCCGCCUAUCACUUCAGCUUUAUGGUCUAGUUUUUUCCUUCUUGGUAACAUUCCAUUUCAUUUUUAAGAAACAUGUGCUUAAUCAUUUUGGUUAAACGUGUACAGGGCUACAGUGUACUUGCAAACACACUAAUGCUUUUGGAAUCUGGCUCUUAGAGAGCGUUCUGUCUUUGUCCUUCUGCUUGGAGAUCAGAAAAGGCAAGAAUAAAAUUAAACCACAACACACCAAAAAAUGGAUAUACAUUCAACAUUAGCUAUAAAUGUGAUGUAUGGCGUUUCCUUUUGGAAAAGCAAGUUUGUAUACUAUAUCAAGAACAGCAUUCUGUGUGCAAUGCACUAGAUCCCCAUUAUACAUCCAAAUAAUGAGUUUCAUUGGAAACUUAGUUGUAUUUCUGAAAGGAGAAUCCGCCCCUUAAUCAGAUACGUAAUGCUCCAUUCAUUUUCCCUUCUAUCCAGACAA